CUCUUGUCCCUUUCCCCCUCCCCCCAAUCCCUUCAAUCGACCCCUUUUUCUUUCCCCUGUGUAUCAUAGUCUAUCAUUGAUCCCUUCCGUCCUUUGCAUUCAUUCCUUCGCUUAGUUCGGGCGGCUUCUUUCGUUCGGACUCUCGAAAGAGAGCUCAAGAGUCCUUCCAUCUUGCGCCCAGUUUGGGAGCUUUGAAUUUUCCCACUUGGAGGUCGCCUAUCACUCACGGCGAGCGACAGAAAUGUCCACCCCCAACGAUCUUCAGGCUCUCCUGGCCAGCAUCAGGCCGCGUCCCUCUCCUUCCAAUACUCCGGGUCAGGAUGCUCCCAUGCCUCCCUAUUCCCAGCAGUAUCAUCCGGGAUACCGUCAGCAGCAGCAGCAGCAGCAGCAGCAGCAUCAACAGCCGCCCUACGAUGGCCAGAGCUUCCCUCAUCCUCAGCUGCACCAGCACGGCUAUCGUCACCCGUCGGUCUCGUCCGCUAUCCACAGCCCGUCCCCUCUGAAUACUCCUCCCCACCACGGUUCGGAUAUUUUGAGCCCCAACGUGCCGACGCCUCGUGGUGACAUGUUUCCUCAGCAGCAGCUGCAUCCUCAACAUCACCACCCGCAGCCGCCACUGCACCAGCACCAGCCGCUGCCUCAGAAUCCCGAUCGUGCCGCCAAUUUGUUGAACCUGUUGAAGUUCAAUCAAUCGGGCGCCGGUCCCGCUGUCGCUGCCCAGCAACAGGUGCCUGUUGCCGGCGUGGACCAGCAUAGGCCGUCUCAUGCUCACGAGGUCGUCCCGGAGGAAAGCAACAAUUCCGCUCACGCGAGAAACAUCUCUGCGUCGGACUUGGUCGCUUCUCUCUUCGGUCGACAGGGAGGUGCAGCUCCCCCCGUGAGACCCGCCGGCUCGCAGUAUCAUCCUGGAUCUGCCGGGGUUGGAGAAGGCUCUUCUGCCGCCCCGACCGCAGAAAACACCCAGGACAUGCUUCUUCGCUUGCUGAACCGUCCCAAGCCUGGCCAGGACGUGCCCGAGGGUCCGGUGAAGUCGAUGUCUCAGUCGCCGGCCUCGAUUUCCCCCCAGAAAUCUCCCUACCCCGAGGUGGAAUCUGGCAGUCUCCCGAUGCCGUCCGUUCAGGCCGUCGAGGAGUCCCUAGCCAUGGGUUCCGUGCCCGAGGACGUCGUGCCCGGGAAACCGGACGCGUUUGCUCCUCCUUCCAGACCCUCUCCGGCGUCCAAGGAUUCUAUCUUUACCUACGUCAACCCUUUUGAUCAAUUGGCCGCCGCAUCUCCUCGCAAAGAGUCCCCCCCGCAGCCCAAAUCCGGGACUAGCGAGAGCUCGGCCAUUGAGGUCUCGGCGACCGAGGAGAUCAACGUGACCACUGAAGUGGAGCCGACCCCCGUCUACUCGAAGGGGAAGCGCGCCAAGUCCCCCCCUCUGGCUGACGACCAAAAGAACGCGGUGAACCAGGUCGUCGACAAGCUGGUGGACCAGCUCUGCCGCGAUGUUGGUGAGCCGGCAGUCCCGUCGGCGGAGGAGCAACUGAACCCUGCGGUGUCGACGAGUCGCGACGAGAGUGCCCAGGAGGUGCUUUCAUCGGUGGCGAGCCACCUCCGCGAAACCGCUGCGGAAGCCAAGGAAAUUGCCCAGGAUGGAGAAUUCAAGGAGGCGAUCAAAGAGACUGCCGCUGCGGCCAAGGAAUUUGCCAAUCAGAGUAGUGGCGAGGCGCUUGCUGACAGCUGGGAAAGUGCGGAAGACAGCGCCGAGAAGGAGGAGCAGCGCGUGGUUGCCGUGCACAACUUCCCCCUGAAGCCUUUCAUCUCGAUCGCCGUGAAGGUCUAUCCCGGCAAGCUGUCGGUCCUGCGCGAUGACGGCAUCAUGGAUAUUGCUCGUCUCAAGAAGGAUUUCGACCAGCUGGACCGCUCUCUGACGUCGGCCACUUCGGAUUACAUUGUCUACGCUCUGGCCAAGAACGGAGGUAUUCGCAUCAUCCGCCAGGAUGACGGCAGCGACAAGCAGGUGUUCCGGGCGGCUCGCGACCGCGUGUUCAACGUCGCCGUGUGUACGUCCCAGACCACCAGCGGCGUGUCCGAGGAGCAGGCCGUGCUGGGCAUCGGCGUCAGCGGCACCGUGUACUGGGCGCUGAUCUCCAAGGCCGACAAAGAUCUUUUUGAACUGGACGCCCUUGAGAGCGAGAGUCUCAUCUUCCCCCCAUUCCCGGCCUCGGACGAGAACACCUCUGGCGGCCAGCUGAAAACGCGGGCCAAACGGAGCUCUCGUCACCCCGGUCUUUUCGCCAUCGGCCGUGGCAAGAACAUCUACGUGAUCUCUCCGCAAGCCGCGGCCAACCCGGCUUAUGGCGUGUCGGGCAACCAGCGCACCGUCAACACCGAGAAGUUUUUCAAGGAGCGCGCCCUCAAGAUUUCCACCGGCAAGGCCGGCAAGGACUUCAUGUUCAGCGACGACGACACCGUCAUCGCCUCCCUCGACAAGACCGGCCGCCUGCGAUUCUGGGAUAUCCGCGAGGUGGCUACCAACUCGGCUUUCUUCACGAGCGGACCCAGCCCGACUGAGGUUCGUGUUCCUCUGAACACUUUCGUGACCGGUUCCCCCGCGGAGAAGUCGUGGCCCACUUCGGUUCUCUUCAUCGACAAGCUGCGGCCUUACGUCAAGUCGAUGGCGCUCCGUUACGUUCUGGUGGGAUUGAAGCAAAAUCACACCUUGCAGCUCUGGGAUAUUGGGCUGGGCAAGGCCGUGCAGGAGCUCAAGUUCCCCCACGAGAACGAGUCGGAUGCCAUCUGCAGCGUCGCCUAUCACCCCGGAUCCGGCAUCAUCGUCGUCGGUCAUCCCACGCGCAACUCGAUCUACUUCGUCCAUCUCUCGGCCCCCCGCUACAACCUGCAGCCCAUGUCGCAGGCCUCGUUCAUCAAGCGCUCCGCCGAGAAAGACAGCAGCCUGCCCAAGCCCGAGUCGACUGCCUGUCUGAGUGGCAUCCGCGAACUGUCUUUCAACUCCAAGGGUCAGCUUCGCAGCCUGGAUCUGCUGCCCAUCACCAAGGCGGCGGGAGACGACAGCAGCAGCCUGUUUGAGCUUUACGUGAUGCACUCGCGCGGCGUGACCUGCCUGAACAUCAAGAAAGAAGACCUGGGCUGGAGCCCCGACAACAAGAUCGUGCGCCCUGUCAACGCCCUGGAAGAGGGGUUGAUCGAGAUCUCCGAGCUCCAGACCUUCCCGACGUACGUGACGGACGAGCCCUCCAUCAACGGGGAUACCGCUUCGACUCCCUCCAAGACUGGACCCAAGGAGGUGGUCAAGAAGGUGUCUGAGCCGAGCGCCGAAUCGGCCAGCGCUGCUGCUUCCGCCUCUGCGCUUCGCACCCAGUCCCCCACCAAGCAGCCCAAAAAGAAGGUCGCAGAUGAGCCACCGGUCGCCGAACCCGCUGCCACGGUGGCCGCUUCCGAAAAGCAGGACAAGAAAAAGAACAAGAAGAAGUCUGCGGCCGACGUGGCCCCGGCCAAGGCCAAGGAUGUCACUCCCAGCGCAGUCUCCAGCGAAGCACCUGUGCCUGCCGCUCAACCCUCGACCAGCGGCGAACAGCUCAACGGAAGCGAUGCUUUCAAGGCCGCCCCCGCUGCCCCCGAGACCACACCUCUCCCCGUCACCCCCAGCGUCGGAGUCAGUGACAACCUGGACCGACACUUGGAGGCGCUGCAGAAUGGAGUGUCUGCCGAAUUCAGCAAGAGCCUCGGCCGCGAGAUCGAAGGACUGUACCGCCGGUUUGACGACGAGCGGCGCAGCUGGGAUGCCGCGUCCGCAGCCAAACAGGACCAGGUUCUGCGAUUGGUGUCGAGCACUCUAUCCGAGAACGUGGAGAAGAAUCUUGCACGCAUUGUGUCGGACAGCAUCCGUGCCGAGGUGGUCCCCGCUCUGUCCGAUCUCACCUCGACCGCUGUUGGAAAGCAGCUGAGUAGCGUCGUUGCCCAGCAGAUCGGCGGCGUGGUCCCUCGCGAGCUGCGCCAGGCUCUGCCCGAAUCCGUGAGCCGCGCGGUGCAGCAGCCGGAGGUAGUCAAGGUCCUGUCGGAGGCCGUGAGCCAGAAACUCACCCCAUACCUGGACGGCGAGAUCUCAAAGAGCGUCAACAACGCCGUCACGCCGGCUUUCAAGAACCUGACUGCCAGAGUCACCGAGAAGGUUGGCGCCGAUAUGGAGCGUCAGAUGCAGGCGCAGUUCCAGCAGUUUGAGACUCAGCGUCAGAACGACGCCGCCAAGAUUGAUCAGCUCACGACCAUGGUUCGUGGUCUGUCCGAUACGGUUGCUUCAAUGGCCGCGGCACAGACCAACUUCCAGAACGAGAUUUUGAAGCUGAACCACGUUGCGGCCUCUCAGCAGGAAGAGCAGCGACGCGUCUCGCGUCAGUCCCCCGCGGCUGCCUCGUCGGUUGGACCGGGAAGUUCCAUGAACGCGCAAGAUGCGGAGCUGGCGGACAUCACCCGGUUGAUCAGCGAGGGGCGGUAUGAAGAGGGUUCUGUCAAGUGGUUGCAAUCCGAACAUCAGGCCGAUCUCUUCAACAAUCUGUUCAUCCAACUGAGCCCUUCGUAUCUGACCAACCUUUCGCCCAUUGUGGCUUUAUCUGUUGGUGUUGCUGUGACGUCUUCUCUCCAGACGAACGUGACCGAGCGUCUCGCCUGGUUGGAUGUGGUCCUGCAAACCGUGAAUCCCAUGGAUCCGGACAUUAUUGAAGUCGCGCCUAGAAUCAUGUCGGUACUGCUGCAGCGUCUCGAAACCUUGUACAUGUCAAUUGCGCAGAACGCACCGCACGAUCCCAUCCUUCGAAAGAUUCCUCCUCUUUCGCGCCGCGCCCGAGCCCUUCAGGGAUAAAAUUUGGAGUUGAUGAAGUUAUUCUUUUCUUAUCUUUUGCUUUGAUCCGGUAAUGAUGACUAGGUCUAAUAUCUCGGCCCUCGGUCCACCUGAUGAUCAUCAUGCAUAAUGGAAGUAAUGGCAAUAAAAGCAUAAAAGUUUGAGAUGCGUGGUUUUCCUUGGGGCGUUCCUUUUCCUUUUUGACCUGUACCUUUGGGAAUCCACCGCGGUGGAGCAGCACAGGGGACGCAAAUGAAGGCGACGCAUGCAUGUUCUCAUUAAUCAUUGCAUAUCUCUAGCGAGGGGCCUUUGCGGUCUUUUCCAUCUGUUUGUUGGCGCUCGUGUUAUUUUGGCUGCGGGAGCAGCGAGUUGCCAUUUGAUACGAGACAUAACCAUGACCUAAUUUCAUUUGCAUAUAUCUAUU